CGUUCCCAGGUAGGAAAAUGGCAGCUGUGUGGUCAAUUGACCUCUUGCUCUCUACGUUAUUGUCUGUAAUUUUAUUGAUAGCGCCAGAAUUCGUCCGCUGUAACACUGGUAGAAGGCCAGGUGAUGGACUCGAUACCGAUUUUGCUGGGUUCUCCGUUCCUCUUGAGCACUCCUUCGAAGUAGAUGACACCUCGCGUUUCAGAGUGCGAGGUGCUCUGCUGCUGAAGGGGGGACGAGAGACCACUGUGUCCCUCUCGCAGGGCCAGCUCACAGAGGAGGAGAGAAACACGCUAAAGGAGGUGGCAGCAGUAGAUGGACUUUACAGAAUCCGAGUGCCCAGAGUCUCAGUGCAGACAGACAGACCGGCUGACCGGCAAACUGAUGGCUACCUCACUGCCUUUGUGCGAGCGUGCUCACUGGUGGAGUCCCAUCUCAGUGAUGUCAUCACACUUCACACGGACGUCACUGGUUACCUCAUUGGCGUCUCCAUAGUUACCGUGCCGGGGACAUGUCGAGGGGCAGAGGUUGAGGACGAAGUUGACUUAGAGGCUUUCAACACCACGCUGAGCAUCAUGGGACCGAUCAAUGCCCCUGCUCCUGAGACAGCACUGUUUAUUGAGAGGAUGGAGCAGGAGAUGGAGAAGAAGGGCAAGAAUCCUCAAGAGCAGAAGUCCUUCUUCGCUAAAUAUUGGAUGUACAUCGUGCCUCUGGUUCUCUUCUUGAUGAUGUCGGGCGCACAAGAUCAGACGGGAGGCGGGGCUGCAGGCGGAGCAGCCAAUGGCGGAGGCCGAUGAGCUCUUUGCUCCCACCAACCUUAUUUCAGGGUACUUGACAUCAUUUUGUUGUACUCGGUCACAUCAAGAAAUGUGAAAUUGAAUUGAGACAAACGCACACACACCAUUAGGAGAAGUAAAUUCACAUUGACAAGACUUGACUCG